GUCUCUGACUCUGAUAGUAGCUGUCAAUGCUGUCAUUUGAGAACAUUGUUUUGAGAUUACAUAAAUUUAAAUUUAUUUAAAAAAUGUCUUCUCAAGCAGUGAGGACGGUCGUAAAAGAAGUGAAACCCAUUUUAUCUCUAGAUCAUGAGGAAGCAAGAAAAAGAGUAUUAAAUCUGUACAAAGCGUGGCACAGGCAAUUGCCAUAUAUAGUUAAACAGUAUGAUAUUCCUAAGAAUGUGGAACAAUGUCGAAAUAAAUUAAGGGAGGAAUUUACUAAAUUUGACAAUAUAAAAGACAUUCGAGUUAUUGAUAUGCUGGUGAUUAAGGGUCAAAUGGAACUAAAAGAGGUGGUAAAUAUGUGGAAACAGAAAGGCCAUGUGAUGUCUUACUUUAAAGAUACAGUCGAACCUAAACCUCAAGAUUUUAUAUCAAAAUUCUUGUCGGGUAAAGAAUAAUUCACAUCUUUCUGUUGUAGAAUAUUUUGAUAGAUUCUGUAAAUACAAUUUAAUAAAUUAACUUUAUUCAGGA